AAGCCCUCGUUUGUUGGUUUUAAUGGGCUUUCUCCGCAGAGAAGGACGAGAGUGUUUAUGAGUCAGUUCCCCAAUCAUACACAUAGAUUGAUUGAAAACUCUUUAUUCUCGUUGAAUCUGUUGAUCCUUUUAGAUUGUCCAUUCUUUCAUCCUUAAAGGGAAGCGGAGAAGAAGGGAUUUAUAUAUUUAUAUAUAUAUAUAUAUAUGUAUAUAUAAAAGGGGGAGACUUAUCUUUUUGUUUCUGAUUUGAUGGAUCUACAGAUCUAAUGCUUUCAGAACCACAUGGACUGAUUCGCUUUUCAGAUCUCCAUCGCCUUCAUUUGUAGAGCCGAGUUACUGAUCAGAAGCAAGGAAGAGAAAAGCUGAAGACGACGCUGAGGAGGAGAAGGAAGGCAGCAGAAGAGAUUUUUGUUCAUUUGUACACGAUUGGAUUGGUGUUGUACAUCCAAAUACUGUUUGGAUGUGGAGAAAAUUGAGGCUGGUUUGGGUGAGAUGAGGGAUGUUAUCGGGGUUGAUGAACUUUUUGAGGGCCUGUUGGCGGCCGUCGUCGGAUCGUUAUGUUCACACUGGCUCGGAUGCUGUAGGGAGACAGGAUGGGCUUCUCUGGUACAAAGAUAGUGGGCAGCAUCUUAAUGGGGAGUUCUCCAUGGCAGUUGUUCAGGCCAACAAUUUGCUCGAGGAUCAAAGUCAAAUUGAGUCGGGCCCUUUGAGUUCACUGGAGUCUGGCCCCUAUGGAACCUUUGUUGGAAUAUAUGAUGGCCAUGGCGGGCCUGAGACUUCACGCUACAUCAACGAGCACCUUUUCCACAAUCUUAAAAGAUUUACUUCUGAGCAGCAGGCCAUGUCAGUAGAUGUAAUACGGAAAGCAUUUCAAGCAACGGAAGAAGGGUUUUUCUCUCUUGUUACCCGACAAUGGCCAAUGAAACCACAAAUUGCAGCUGUUGGAUCUUGCUGCUUGGUUGGUGUGAUAUGCAGUGGUACCCUCUAUAUUGCCAAUGUCGGUGAUUCUCGUGCUGUUUUGGGGAGGCUUGUAAAGGCAACCGGGGAGGUCUUAUCUGUCCAGCUGUCGGCGGAGCACAAUGCAAGUAUAGAGUCUGUGAGACAGGAGCUGCAUUCUCUGCAUCCUGAUGAUUCACAGAUUGUGGUUUUGAAACAUAAUGUUUGGCGUGUGAAGGGCCUAAUACAGGUUUCUAGAUCUAUUGGUGAUGUAUACUUAAAGAAGUCUGAAUUUAAUAGGGAGCCUUUGUAUGCAAAAUUCCGCCUUCGUGAACCUUUCAGAAGGCCUAUUCUGAGCUCUGAGCCAUCAAUAUCUGUGCAUCAACUUCAGCAACACGAUCAAUUUCUUAUAUUUGCCUCUGAUGGACUCUGGGAGCACCUAAGCAACCAGGAAGCAGUUGAUAUAGUUCAAAAUAAUCCCCGCAGUGGAAGUGCUAGGAGGCUAGUGAAACUGGCAUUGCAAGAAGCAGCAAAGAAAAGAGAAAUGAGAUACUCAGACUUGAAGAAGAUUGACCGUGGUGUACGGCGGCAUUUCCAUGAUGACAUUACAGUCAUUGUUGUGUUUCUCGACUCAAACCUUGUGAGUAGGGCUAGUUCUGCCAAGGGUCCCGUAUUGUCUUUAAGAGGGGGUGAGAUCAAUCUUCCUGCCAACUCUCUGGCCCCUUGUGCCACGCCUGUUGAGCUUGGUCCCACUUGAUGAAGCUGGCCCUUGUGUUGACUUUGUUGUAUUAAUAAUCUGUGAUUAUAAGGUAGUAUCCAAGGAAAAUGAGCAGGUCUUCAAUUCUUUGAUAUACAAUGUAACGUUUAGCUUGAGGACAGGUACAUUUAGUCAGUGCCUCAAAGGUAUAACAGGAAAAAACAAAAGAAAAAGAGCCGGCAGGAACGGGGGCUUCAAGGUGACUACAGUGAAUUAUUUCCUAAGCAUGUUUCUUUUUACUCUUCUUAGUUCAUCUGGGAACUUAGGCUUUUGUAAAUUGUGUGAAACAUCUCGGCCAUCCAAAGUAUAUCUUUCUCCUUUGAGCUUGUUUA